CUAUGGCCACCAGGUGGACAAAGGCACGGAAACGUUGGUCUCCAGAUAUUGCGAAAAAUUGUUACCCUAUGUACCACCAGCAGUUUGAGAUACUUGAUGAGGCAGAAGUCACAUGGAACCCGUGGACUCAGGACCAGCUAAAAAUGGUCUUUGAUGCUCGACACUUCACACCAGGCAUGUUGACCGAUAGUGCAUUCUGGCUGACUCGCUACAACUUAUUGUUCCUGUGGUGUGUUGAACCUUACAACCCAGAGCGUGUAAUGAGACAAUUCGGUCUCUAUCAAGAAAUUCCACCACCUUUUCCCAGACGUAUCGACGAGGAAACACAUAAGCUAACAAAUAUGGGCAGGGGUUGGAGUUUAUACGAUUGGAGGGAAGAGAACAGUGAAUGGGUACACAAGUGGGAAAAUGAAGCGCUAGCAGAUAUAGUGCGUCAACUUAGACCGUACGAUGGAAGUACAGAUCAAGCGUACAAGCAGUGGUACUGCAUGAACACACGUGCUAGCCUGGCCAGUCAGCCAGCUACUAUACCUACACAUCUCACACAAGAGGAGCAGGCGCGGAGACAUGUUGAGCUGCAUGCAGCUUACUAUCGUGACCACCUGCUUGAAAAUGUCAACGAAGUAGGGCAGAUGGCUACGGAUAGCAUGCCGGCCCAGGGCCCAUAUCGCAAGACAUUCCAGAAACUUUUGCAACAAUUCGUGGCAAAGAAGUUCUGAUGCGGUAGAGGCGACGACGUUGCCACUGGAGCAUACAUGCCGGUAGCGAGGUCAGCCAGACCGAAUGCG